ACCCACAACCGACCUCUCAUGCCAGCAGUGUUUCAACAACACUCGUACCCUUGCGGCUACGGUGCGUUUCAACAGCACCUCAAGAACAAUCCUUCUGCUCAACAAACCCCACUACACGUAAAUAUUACCUCUUGCGGUACUACGAAAAAAUUUCGAGUAAUCGAGACCAUACUGACCGGCGAAUUCUGAAAUCCUGGCUUGGCUGUCUCCAUAGAGCUGAAAUAUGGGACUUCAGCAGAGAGAUUUUUGCAAACCCCUUUAUUCUGCUAUGGGGAUCCAGGAGUUGGGAAGACGUGAGUUAAAAAAAAAAAGAGAGGGGGGGCUCUUCAGGAGAUAAAAAAAAAAAAGGGCGGAGGGUCACGGCUAAUUAUACUUUCGUUUGUAUAGGACUCACAAGGUCGACUUGCCUCCUUGUAUUGCUACUCGACUCUUCGGGGAUCGCCUGUUUUUACUUUGACUUACUCGUGGAAAGAGCAAUCUACGACGAAGCAGAGACCGGGCGUCUUCCGGAGCGAGAUAUCAUAAUUUACCCAUUAUAAGAAAUAAAGCCGGGGUUCUCCCCUAGGGGCGCGCCCCGCUUGUUUUCUUUAGCGUAUGUCCUCCGCUCCAUCACUUUAUUUGCGGCGGGGAUUUAUAUGUAUUAGGGGGUCCGAACCUGCGAAGGGAAGCCUGCAUCGAUGCCCUGGAUGAAUCCCCAAGGAGGUUCUUCCUGGUCUGCGUGAAGGGAUGGUUGGGCUAUUUCCUUACAGGAAGGCCACACCGGAACCGAUCGUAUCGAUUCGCCGUGACUAAAAUCAUAAAGCUUAGCAAGAGCGAUAUCAGACGAUGAUCUGAGGGCGGAUAUUAUGAAGAGCAUGGCCCUAAGGAAACAAGCUUGUGCGUUGUCGUCGUCGAAGUGUGCCAGUCCAUAUUCGGGAUACUAGCUAACGAUGAUGCAGAUUCCUGCUUGUUUCUUUAAGCACCGGAGACCUUGGGGGGGAUGUUUAUCCCGUUCGGGUCCAGCGCAGACCAGAGGGCGGCCUGGCCGGGGAGGUCGAUUGGGGUGAUCUCGCGGUUAGUGAUACUACUGCCAAGGGAUCACCCCAAUCCCCCGGACCAUGGUUACCCUCCGUGCUGCCCGGGAGAGCUGUCGGGCGGUUUUUGUGAUUGGCUAGACCAGUGCAAUACCGCGAGGGGAAGCGGAGGAACGGGGGAGACGGGAGGAGACGGAAUAUUCAUGUAUUUUAAUACAUGAAAAAGUUCCGGACCUAACUACUACUGCUUAAGAAGCUUCCAAGUUAACUUGAUGCUUUUAUCC